UCAUAGCUUCCAACACUCAGUGGCCGUAUUAAUAAAUUGAUACGUUUGCUGACAAACGUUACUGUGAUCGUAAAGUCUGAUAUUAUUGAAAAUUUGUUCCCCGUAAGGAGGAUAUUUACACAUCAAUAGCAAACAUGUCAAACGAUGUGAACAUGCAGGCUGAAAAGCCCAAUGAGGAAGACAGUGUCGAUAAAACCGAAGAAGAAGAAGGCAGAUCGUCUAAUGACCUGCAUGCGCAAGAGAGUGGUCCCGUUUACGGAGGUUGCGAAGGACCAAAUGCAAUGUAUGUGAAGCUUGUUAGCAGCGACGGGCACGAAUUUAUUGUCAAACGAGAACAUGCACUGACGAGUGGUACUAUCAAAGCAAUGUUAAGCGGUCCUGGUCAGUUUGCGGAAAACGAAGCUAAUGAAGUCAAUUUCCGAGAAAUCCCCUCACAUGUCUUACAGAAAGUCUGCAUGUACUUCACAUAUAAAGUGCGUUAUACAAACAGUAGUACGGAAAUUCCAGAGUUCCCCAUUGCACCUGAAAUUGCGCUAGAGCUAUUGAUGGCCGGCAAUUUUCUAGACUGCUAAACGUCACCAGAAACAGAAGUAGCGUGUAUCGCGGCAAUUCACGGGAAAAACACGGUUUUCCUUGUUAAAAUUGUUUCGGUUGCGUCGGCAUUUGUGAUAUUUCGUGACAUCGUAUCGAAGCAUAAUAACUGAUGAUCGCUUCUGAUGAUCACUUCGCAUUCGCGAUUUAGACAUUUUAGUGCGACGGAAUAUCGCGUGAUGAUACAUACAUGAAGACUCACAAUGUUACAGGUUUACAGUUUAACAAAUCCUAAAUAUUCCACGUAAUGUGUCAGGUCUUGUGUUUAAUACAAUACUGUAAUAAAUGUAACGAUUGCCGAUAACGAAUUAUCAAUACAGAUACACAUCACUUGUUAUGCACUCUGAUUAUACUCUACUAGUAAAAUUAAUACUGACGGAACUAGGAACA